CUACUUUGUUAUGUAAUGAUAGCACGCGGGUCAGAUGGUGCACGAAAUCAAGAAAAUCAACCUUUAGUCUCUUUAAAAAAAUGCUCACGUGGCCUCAGACGGGAAAUCGGGAAUUACUCUGGUUUAAAGUAGUCUUCAUAUAGCCUGCAAAACAUGGCCACGGGGCCCUCGGGCCUGACCGUUCAUGCUCUGCGGGUGGGGCCCGGCCAGGAGCUCCUCGGUGCCCUGACCUCCUUCGUGGAGGAGAGGAAGCUAAGGGCGCCCUUCGUCAUGACCUGCGUGGGCAGCGUCACCAAAGCAACGCUCCGGCUUGCAAACUCAACAGCAGGGAACAAUGAGGUGAUUCAUCUUCAGGAGCGGUUCGAAAUCGUCUCCUUGGUGGGCACCCUGAACAGGGAGGCCCACCUGCACAUCUGCCUGGCGGACAAAGACGGGCGCACCGUCGGGGGGCACGUGAUGGGCGACCUGGAGGUGUUCACCACCGCCGAAGUGGUCGUCGGCGAGGCCGGCGAUCUGGAGUUCGGCCGAGAGAUGGACGACCGCACCGGCUUUCCAGAGCUGGUCGUUAACUCGCGUUCUAAACACGCUUAAACACCCAAUCUCGCAUACAUCCCCCCCCCCCCCCCCCCCGCCCGCCCUCCCUCCGCCCUCCCUCCGCCCCUCUCUUGUGUGGAAUAAGCGCUGUGAAUAAAUUGGGCGAGUGCAUGCCCGCUCAGCUUAUUGCUUCUCUCCAGCGAUUCGGGCUCUUUUGAUCGAGCUGGUUCCCAAUCAAUUCUUCUGAGGCCGAGAGACGAGAGGUGAAAUAAUUUACGGGGAAACUCUUCAAAUGACUUGUCAUUAAUUCGCCUCUUCUUUGGCACUUGUUUGUGCAGAAUGAGAUGCGUUUGGCUUGCUCUGUCUAUUAGCGGCACUGCGCUCCAGAGAUUUUAACGGGCUGCUAGGCAUAACAAAUGAGGUGUGUGUGUGUGUGUGUGUGUGUGUGUGUGUGUCUGUAUGCGUGUGCGUGCGUGUGUGUGUGUAUGUGCGUGUGUGUGUGUG